AUGUCUGCUCCAGGUAUCACAGCAACUACUAGAAAUGCAAUUACGACAUCCCACAGAACUCUGCUUUUGAAUCACCACAAGUACCUCCCUCCCAACAACAUGGCGAACGAGUACCCGCGAGAAGACGCGCUAAAAAUGUGCUAUCGGAGACUUAUCAGGCUUAAGCCUUUGAUCUCUCAACGAGACAUGGUAAGAAUGACAUAUGUUCAGUAUCUGCGUUAUAAGUUCAUGACUGAGGAUUAUUCUAAGAAAGUGAGUACAAGUUCCAUAUCCCUUUCAGGCCUGGAAACCGAUGUAGUACGUCAAGUAGAAAACAGCCUUUACUUUUGCUUGAAAUCUGCAUCAGAAGUGAAAAAACGAGUACUUGGCGAAGAUGCAGUCUCGCGCAGGAGAGCCGAAAGAAUGCCCUAA